AUGUAUUAUUACCAAUAUUUGGUAAAAAUACAGUCAUGUUUACGACACCCCCUCCCUUCCCCUUCUCACCUACCUCUACUGUAUGUAGACACCUCAGUCUCAGUCAUCAGUGUCUGUUGAACGGGAGGGGUUACCAUUGUAUACAAAAUUUAUUUUUUCUGAAAUUUAGUUAUGACUUUUUACGCGGACCGAAAUUUUAUUACUAUUUACCGAAAUGACUAUGGACCUAAAUGUUAUUGCAGAGUGUUGCCGUGCUCUUUCAAAAGUGAUUUUAAAAAUAUAAUUCGAGGACCGUAUACUGAGUAUUGUUGUUCACCAGCGAAAAAGACUGACUUUGGAGAAAAGUCCCUGAAUGGAAUUGAACCGCUUGAUGUGUGUCGUAAACGGCUGUUAUCAAAACAUCCCAAACUUGUUCGAUACCUUGAAGAAGAAAUAGAUGAAGACAAGCUUUCAGAUCCAAAAGAUGGAAGAACAAUUUAUCAAAUGGAUUACUGUAAGCCAGGAGACAAAUUUGAAUCGAAGAAAACACUUGGUCGUAGAAGGGAGACACUUCCAAAUGACUGGGCUGAUAUACCUGCCACUGUGCAGAAGGCUUCCUACAGAGACUUCAAAACUCUUGUCAAUUGGAAUGUUGUUCAAGAAAAAGUGAGACCGCAACCUUCUGCAUUUCAACCUAACUAUAAAGAGAGGAAAAUUCUCAAUGUUCGAACUGGAGAAAGUGAAUAUAAAGGCAAAAUAAACGCUUUGGGAGAAACAAUAAUAAAAGAUGGUUUGCAUGGAAAGCUUUUCGACAGUAAUGAUAUUUGUGCGAUGACUGACGAAAUAGAAUUGAGGAGGACCGAAGAAUCACACAUUGUUCGAGCACCCUAUCAACAGCAACUGUGAAAAAAAUAAUAAUCUUACAAUCUUUAAAUCUCUUCCGACUCCAGGAUCUUGGGCUAAUAUCCAGUAAUUUUUAUUAAAGCAAAUCUACAAUAAAUCUUGAAGCAAUGUCCAAAUUGAA